AUGAACCCUGCUUCAACUCUUCCAAAGCACGGCAGCGAUGCGGCGGCGACGGGCGCGCAGCCUCCACGACCUCGCCAGCCACGGUCAACGUGGGUCGAGCACAACGCGCGCUCCCCAUCGUUGCGUAUGGCAACCGGACAGCCGCCGCUCGUUCACUACAUUUCUCAUGAUUUCCUGGCAUACAAAGAAGAGGGACAGGGAGGGGGGGUGGCGGAGCCUAUAACAUCUAAACGAGGCCCUGGGCGCCAUGCUUCAUCAGCAAGAGCGCCGCUAGUCGCCGCGUGGGAAGCCGCCGCCGCCGCCGCCGCCGCCGCCGCCGCCACCUCCACCCCGUCACAGCACCGCUCUGGCGUCCAUAGGCCACCCUCCAUCAGGCUAGCAGGUCAGGGCUGCAGCAACCAGACUGCUUGCAGCUGCCCCAAAUUCGCAGCAUCUCCUCCUCCUCCACCGGCACGUUUUCCCCGAUCACGUGAGGGCAUAGCUGGACCAUUUUUUGGAGAUGUGACAUACAGUACUGUUGGUGUAGAGCUGGUAGGGGAGUGGCUGGUGUGGAAGGUACCUGGUGCGUCCAUACCUCGAUAUUGGUGGCUCUUCUGGAGGUACUGGGAGCAGUGGCAGUAG